CAGAUAAUCUGAGAAGUGAUAAAGUUGAGUUCAGAAGCAGAGAGAGAGAAGCAAAAGAUGGACGAGGGCAUGUCAGGCUUUUGCAUCAGAUCAGGGAGUGUUCGUGGAAAAAGUGGGAGCACUACUUCUUCUGCCACUGGCACCAAGUGUGGGCGUUGGAAUCCCACAACAGAACAAGUUAAACUUCUGACCGAACUCUUCAGGUCAGGGCUCCGAACCCCAAGCACCGACCAGAUUCAAAAGAUCUCCACUCAGCUCAGCUUUUAUGGUAAGAUAGAGAGCAAGAAUGUCUUCUAUUGGUUUCAGAACCAUAAGGCCAGGGAGAGACAGAAGCGCCGCAAGGUUUCCUUUGACGACAACGAUGUCGUCAUUCGUAGACAAAACUCCUUCAACACUUCCUCACAAAGUCUUGCUGACAUGUAUCGAGUUUCAGAGCCAGAUAGGGUGGUUGAGACGCUUCAACUCUUUCCCAUAAACUCCUUCGAUGAAUCUGAACCAGAGACUCUGCGGUUACAUGCAAAUAAUAGUACAGUGUUUUCAUACACGAUGGAUGAACAGAUAGAGCACCCACCAUUGGACCUGCGCUUGAGCUUUCUGUAAAAUGGUUUCGAUCUUUUGUGUGGUGGUGGUGGAAGGCAAGAAGAUUUUUGAAUAAAUUCAUUGUUGUUAGUUGGUAAAAUUAGGUUUAGCAUAAAGGAAAGAUUUAGGGGUGUAUCAUGGAGUGUUAAGAGAUUAACAUUUACCUAGUGAUGGCCACAUUAAAAUAUUGUAAAUGCCUAGACAUUCUCCUCAUGCUCCUUAAUUUUGGUUUUAUCUCACUGAUUACACUUUGUUGGA